AUGCCUGACGUAGGGGUAAAGCCGGUCAAGCUCGCUCUUCUGCUGUGCGACACACCCGUGCCCGCCGUGCUCAAAUCACGCGGGACGUAUCUCGACGUCUUUCGUGAUCAACUACAACGAUCGAAACCCGAUGCGUCCUUCCCCUUUACGCUCGACGGCUUUGACGUCGUCAACGAGCAGGUGUACCCAGACCUGGAUGAGGGAUACACGGGUGUGCUGAUUUCCGGGUCGAAGUACUCCGCAUACGACGAUGAUCCGUGGAUUGCCAAACUGGUGGAGUGGGUAAGAUAUGUAGCUACGAGGAGGGACGAGGUCAAGUUAAUAGGUAUAUGCUUUGGACACCAAAUUGUUGCCAGAGCGCUAGGUGGAGAAUGUGUGCCGAAUGAUGGACGAUGGGAAGUCGGAACAACGGACAUGGAGUUGACGGAUAUUGGGAAAGCCGUCUUUAACACAGAUAGAUCAAUGCUUCCUAUUCAACAAAUGCACCGCGAUCACGUCCCGGCAGUCAUGCCUUCCUUCCACUUGCUCGGUUCCACUGCCGUCAGCCCUGUUCAAGGCCUCGUACGACUAUAUCCAAAUAGCUCUUUAGUACCCGGACUACGCCCAGAAGAUGUUCAUAUCUUAACCGUCCAAGGCCACCCAGAAUUCACUUCCGACAUUGUCGAUGCUAUUAUCGAUGUGCGAGAGCAGAAUGGCGCGAUGAACGCUGACGUUGUACGGGAGGGCCGUGACCGUUCGAAAAGGGCUCACGAGGGAACCGGAAUUAUUGGAAGGGCUUUUUGGAGAAUUCUGUGUGCGAACACGAAGGCCGGAUCCAAGAUUGACCAAGCAUGA